AUGUUGUCUGUGUCAAAAAUAAUAUCUCUUACUCCAAAACACUUUAAUAAAUUUGUUAAAUUGAACACAAGAUGUCUAGCGACCCAGACAGCUGCGAAGGAAAAUCCCGCAAAGGAGACAAAGGAAAAAAAAGAAUCAUUGUCAUUCACAAUGAAUUUGUUCCGAAGUCAAUUACAACUAGAGCAAGUCAUUCCAUUUCCAAAAGCGCUGAAUUCUGAUCAAUCGGAGACGUUAAAAAUGCUUGUUGAUCCUUUUUCUAAUUUUUUUGCGGAAGUUAAUGACCCAGUUAAAAACGACGAUACAGCAGAUGUGGAUGACAAAAUAAAGCAAACACUGUGGGAUCUAGGAGGGUUUUCUAUUCAAGUCCCCGAAAAAUACGGAGGUAUCGGACUGAACAACACUCAGUAUGCAAGAUUGGUCGAGAUAGUAGGUCAGAAUGAUCUAGGUGUCGGUAUUAUGCUGGGCGCACAUCAAAGUAUUGGAUUUAAAGGUAUUUUAUUAUACGGCACUCCAGAGCAAAAGGAAAAAUAUCUGACCCGUGUCUCAAAUGGCGAGUAUGCAGCAUUCGCCCUAACAGAGCCAAGUUGUGGAUCAGACGCGGGUUCCGUAAAGACCCGGGCUGUAAAAUCUGCAGACGGGACUCACUAUGUAAUGAACGGCAGUAAAAUUUGGAUCUCGAACGGUGGUUGGGCAAACAUUUUCACCGUCUUCGCUAAAGUACCUAUGAAAGAUCCUGUAACUGGCGAAACCACUGAAAAGGUAACGGCGUUUAUUGUAGACCGUGCAUUCGGCGGUGUGACAAAUGGGCCACCGGAAAAAAAAAUGGGCAUUAAAUGCAGUAACACUGCUGAAGUUUUCUUUGAGGAUGUUAAAGUACCGGCCGAGAAUGUGUUGGUAGGUGAAGGUCAAGGAUUCAAAGUCGCUAUGAAUAUUUUGAACAACGGGAGAUUUGGUAUGGUUGCUGCGUUAUCGGGAACGAUGCAGAGUUGUAUUAAAAAAGCUGUUGAAUUCGCUAACCAGCGGGUACAGUUCGGCAAAACUAUUAAUCAAUAUGGCAGUAUUCAAGAAAAAAUAGCAAGGAUGUCGAUGCAUCAAUAUGUAUUCGCUUCCGAAUCAGCUUGGUAUGUGUGUGACGAAGCUAUCCAAAUCCUCGGAGGAAUGGGAUACAUGAAGGACACCGGGUUGGAACGUGUGAUGCGGGAUGUGCGUAUUUUCAGAAUUUUCGAAGGAACCAAUGACAUUCUGCGAUUGUUCGUCGCGUUAACUGGAAUCCAGCAUGCUGGAGGACACUUACAAGAACUCCAAAGAGCUUUCAAAAAUCCAGCAGCUAACUUGGGGUUAAUUUUCGAAGAAGCGGCUAAGCGCGCUACCAAAGCCGUUGGAUUGGGAUCAACCCCGACUUUUGCUCACUUACUGCACCCUAUUCUUGCAGAAAGCGCUAAUUUAACUGGAAAAAGCAUCGAAAAUUUCGGACAAACUGUAGAAGGACUUUUAAUAAAAUACGGGCGUGGAAUCGUGAAUGAACAGUUUAUAUUAAACAGACUAGCACAAGCUGCUAUUGAUACAUAUACAUCUGUUGUCGUUCUGAGCAGAGCUAGUCAAUCAUUGAAUAAUAAAAUACCGAGUGCUGAACAUGAAUCAGUUAUGGCUAAAGUAUGGUGUAGUGAGGCGGCAAGUCGUACAGCGUACAACUUAAAAGUUGUUAAAUCAGAAAAAUCUUUGGAAUUAUUCAAUCAAAUGAAAACUAUAUCUCGAAACGUAUGCGAAGUUGGUGAAUGCGCACAAAAUACACCAUUGGGUUUUUAA